AUGGGUAACUGGCAAAGUACAAAGAGAUCAUGGAUCAGAUUUAAAAGAAAAUCAUCUAAACCUUCUGAUGAAAAAUAUAAUAAUUCAUCAAUACCAGAAAUGACAACAUCUUCAACGAUAGAACAUUCAUAUCGUCAUAAUAACGCAACAUAUUAUUAUAUAGAUGGAAGAAGAUAUUUAGAUAAUUCAUCAUAUUCAUUACCUAACGAUGAUGAAGAAAUUGAUAGAUUACAAAUGCAGCAUUAUUUAGCAAGAUAUGUUUUACAAGCUAAUUAUUGCGCACCUGUUAAUAAUAAAUUAAAGAGUGGAGCAAAGGUUUUAGAUGUUGGAUGUGGACCAGGAACAUUUACCUUAGAAAUGGCAUAUGAUUAUCCAAAUUCACAUUUUAUAGGAAUUGAUAUAAAUCCAAUGUUUCCAAAAGAAAUUAAACCAAGAAAUGUUGACUUUGAAGAAGCGGAUGUUUUAGAAGAUUUACCUUUUGCUGAUGAAUCAUUUGAUUUUAUAGUAAUAAGAAAUAUGGUAACUUCGCUCACAUUACAUGAUUGGGAACAUAGAAUAUGGAAAGAAUUGAUUAGAGUACUUAAACCUGGUGGUUAUAUUGAGAGUACGGAAUUUGAAAUUCCGGCACUAAAUAGAGGUCCAGUAACAUAUAGAAUGAGUGAAGCAUGGAUCACAGUAAUGAAAACGAAAAGUAUUGAUUUAACAAUAGCAACACAAUUAGAAGAAAUAUAUAAAUCCACUAUACUGAAAAAAAUUGAACAUAAAUCAAAAAUGGUUCCAGUUGGUUCUUGGGGAGAUCGUAUUGGUAAAAUUAUGGCUGACGAUUUUGUAAUGUUAGCGAAAGCGAUGUGCCCAGUUGUAAGACCUGCUUGGGGUUUAACUCAUGAACAAUAUAAUGAAUGUGUUGAAAGAUUUGUAGAAGAAUUUAAUAUAUACAAAACUUACUGUAAUAUUCAUGUAGUAUUUGGACAGAAAUAG